UAUAGUACCUUACGCAUGAAGGAAACGCUUGCCAUCAGCAUGGAUAAAUCGCGGAAAAUAUCUCCUCCAAGAAUCUUUCCGUUCAUAAUUCAUAAAGAGUCAGGUGCAGUACCACAUGAGGAAACCUUGAUCCCCUCACGGAAAUUGAAAAUUAUUACAAAGUUCACCCUUCGUAGUCUGCCGAUCGCCCCUCUUCUUAGAAGGGAAGUCGCACAGAGUAGCGCAGUCGCGUUUGACUUUCUACGCACGAGUUCUUACACAAUCCCAUCAGUAGCUAUCGAGCUUUCGCCGCAUCAACCAUGAACAAAACUAUUAUCACGGAAACGGCAAUUCCAGUCGCAAUCAUUUACGAUCACAAAAAAGAUAUGCAGCUAAGUAUCCAGCUGAAUCGUUGGAUACUAAAGCCGCUCGGUGCAUGGCCGAAAUCAGCCAAGAUUUCACGUACAGAAAGAUACGUGUAUGCGCUAGUGAACGUCAUUUGCGUUAGUCUAAUCGGCUUCCUUUUUGUACCCUCCGCAAUCUUCAUGGUGCUCGAAAUGGAUGAUAUGUACAACAUCUUGAAACUCUUUGGACCUCUAAAUUUCUGCAUAAUGAACAUUAUAAAAUAUUUAUCGCUGAUCUUCCGCGGGAACGACAUCCGCAGCGGUAUCGAGCAUAUCGAGAGUGACUGGAUGAACACUCGACAUAACGGUGAUCGGGAGAUCAUGAUCAGGAAUGCGAAAUUUGGCCGACAUCUCGUGUCGAUCUGUGCGUUCUUUAUGUACGGCGGUGUCGUGUUCUAUUAUUUCGCCCUGCCCUUCAGUACAGGCAAGAUUACGGAGAACGAUGGAAAUCUGACGUACCGGCCAUUAGUGUAUCCAGUCGCCAAAAUGAUUGUCGACACGCGACAUAGUCCAAUUAGUGAGAUUUUUUUCUGGGUGCAAUUUCUGUCAGGUUUCAUCGUGCACUCGAUCAAUGCCGGUGCCAGCAGCUUGGCCGCCGCUUUUGCAAUGCACGCUUACGGCCGUCUAGAAGUUUUAAUACAGUGGAUCGAACACUUCGUCGAUGGCCGAGAAGAUUUAUAUGAUAAUGUGAAUGAAAGAUUGGCGAUGAUCGUGCAGCAGCACGUUCGAAUUCUAAACUUUAUAUCGCUGAUGGACAAAAUAUUGCGUGAAAUAUCAAUACUGGAAGUUGUAGGAUGUACAAUAAGCAUGUGUCUCCUCGGAUAUUAUUUUGUCAUGGAAUGGAAGCUUAAAAACGCGACAAGUUAUGUAACAUACAUUGUUUUAUAUACCUCCCUUACGUUCAAUAUUUUUAUAUAUUGUUACAUCGGCGAACUUGUUGCCGAAAAGUGCAAGGAGAUUGGCGAGAUGUCAUACAUGACCGAGUGGCAUCGUCUAUCGGGAAAAAAAAGCCUCGGCCUCAUCUUGAUGAUCGCUAUGUCCAACACAUCGGUCAAACUUACCGCCGGAAAUAUCUUUGAGUUGUCUCUCAGUACUUUCAGCGACGCGCGACAGGACUGGAGGGAUACAGUCGAUUGGAGAAAUCGAAAAGCAAUGUUAUUUAAGGCGAAAAUAGGUCGAAAGUUCGCGAUCUUUUCUGCCAUUUUCAUGUACGUCGGUGGAUUGUCUUAUCGCACCAUCGUACCGCUCUCGAAGGGACGAAUGCUCACGCCGAUGAACACUACGGUGAGAGCGCUGGCAUGUCCAAGUUACUUCGUCAAGUUCGAUGAACAGGCCACACCGGCAUACGAGAUCGUUUUCACCCUGCAAUUCUUCGCAGGACUGCUCACCUACUCGAUAACAGUCGGCGCUGCUGGACUGGCUGCAUUCUUCGUCCUGCACGGUUGCGGGCAAUUAAAAGUUUUAAUCGAUAAAAUCCAACGUAUCAAUGAUAUCCUAGAUGCUGAUGAUCGAACUGUCGUGAUGUUGCUGGCUGAUAUCGUGGAGCAUCAGAUAAAAGUGAAAAAUUUUUUAAAAGAAGUAGAAAGAGCUAUGCGAUACGUAUUAUUAGUGGAAAUAGUGGGUUGUACUCUACUUUUAUGUCUUACGGGAUAUUACAUUAUUAUGGAAUGGGAAAACAGCGAUUCCACAGCCAUGUUAACUAUGACUGUGAUACUUACAUCUUUUGUAAUUUCUAUUUUUACUAAUUGCUACGUCGGUCAAUUGCUAACGGAUCAGAGCAUUAAGGUUGGUUCAAUAACGUCCACAACAAAUUGGUAUCGUCUUCCGUACAAAAAAGCCCGCGGUUUAAUCUUAAUAAUGGCAAUUUCCAAUAUUCCGGCAAAAAUCACGGCGGGAAAGAUGAUGGAAAUGUCUCUACCUACGUUCAGUAAUAUCGUUAAAACGGCGGUGGCAUAUUUUAAUCUACUGAGAAAAUUUAUGUAAAAAAAUUUAUAUAAUAUUGAAUAUUAAUGUAUAAUUAAUGUUAUCUUUAAAACAAACGGAUAAAAUAAACAAUUAAUACUUCUUCUCUA